AUGUCAGUUCCUGCGGCAUGGCCAUCGAGCCCGGCGAAGCUCACGCUGGAAGCUUGGUCGCAAGGCUGUAUGAUUGGCGCCUUGAUCAUCAUGAUCGGUAUCACGUUGGCUAAUAUGCGACGCGGUGUCAUGUUACAUAAACUUAUCUUGAUCGAGCUCCUUCUGGCGAUGCCAAAUGGAUUCUUCACCUUUUUCGAUCCUCCGACCUGGGGAUGGUAUCUCUCCUCGACUGUGAUUUUCCUCAUUAUCUCAUGGAAUCUGCAUAACGUCAUCGCCUGGAUGAAGAACAAGCCCUUCCUUUCAAAGCGAAAUAAUGCUAUAUAUAUUGGCACUAUCAUACUGGUCCAGCCUUACUGGGUCCUUGAGAUCUAUGCUAACUUCACCUACUUCAACACUCCUAAUACUCAUCUUUUCUCCUCCACUCGGCCGCUUGAGGCUGUCUGCCGCGAUCCCUGGUGGAUCUUUACCGCUAUUAACCUUUUCUGGAACAUUAAAUACCGUUAUGAGUUCAAACCCCUAGAGAUUAUCCGCAUAUCUCCUCGAUUCGGUCUCUUACUAUUGAGCAUGUCUCUCAGUAUCAUCUUCAUCAUUGUCGAUCUUCUCUCGGUCACGCCUGUUAUCCCGAUCGGUGUUAUCAAUCCAUUCUGGAAGUUUGCAUUUAUCUUCAAAUGCUUCACCGAUAUGAUCGUUCUAGACGACUUCAAAACCGCACUAGAUAAGCUAAGUCGGUACAAAAUGGAGCAGAACUAUCCGCUCCCUUUCAGCAGACCUAGCAACAUCCCCCCUCUUCAAUACUCUAUCUUCCAUCUCAGCAAUAGCUCGGGACCAUUCAUCACUUCGAAGAUGGGACUUCUUAGCAAAGCGUCUCUUUCGAGGCCCCAAGAUGAACCAGGCAAAGCAUGGCCAGCCAUCGCCGUGGGCUUCUUCGUUGCCUUUGGCGGUGUUCUCUUUGGCUAUGAUACUGGCACUAUUAGCGGUAUCCUGGCUAUGCCGUACUGGCAGCGCGAGUUCAGCACAGGUUAUAUCGACGCUGAUGGAAACCCCAACGUCACUUCGUCUCAGGAAUCAGCUAUCGUGUCUAUUCUCUCCGCUGGCACCUUUUUCGGCGCCCUUGCCUCGCCUCUCUUGUCAGAUUGGCUUGGUCGUCGCCCUGGUUUGAUGAUCUCGACUUGGGUCUUCAACCUUGGCGUUGUUUUGCACACUGUCGCCACGGAUAUUCCGUUGUUUCUGGCAGGCCGCUUUUUCGCUGGCUUUGGUGUUGGCCUCAUCUCUGCUACUAUUCCCCUCUAUCAGUCUGAAACAGCGCCUAAAUGGAUCCGUGGUGCUAUCGUUGGCUCCUACCAGUGGGCCAUUACUAUCGGUCUUCUUCUGGCCGCUGUUGUAAACAACGCAACUUCGAAACGGGAUGACUCGGGCUCCUAUCGAAUCCCUAUUGCGCUGCAACUUGCCUGGUCUCUUAUCCUCUUCAGCGGACUGUUGUUUCUUCCGGAGACUCCACGCUUCCUUGUGAAGAAGAGCCAGUUGGACAAAGCGGCAAAGUCUCUUAGCCGCCUUCGAAGAUUGCCUGCCGAUUCCGCAGAAGUCGCACACGAACUCAAUGAGGUUGUAGCAAACCAUGAGUUCGAGAUGAGUCUUGGGCAGUCCUCCUAUCUUCAGUGCUUCAAGCCUCCCAUGCUCAAGAGACAACUCACGGGUAUGGGCGUCCAGGCGCUACAGCAGCUUACAGGUAUCAACUUCAUCUUUUACUACGGCACCAAAUACUUCCAGAAUUCUGGUGUUUCUAGUGGCUUUGUCAUCUCAAUGAUCACUUCAGCUAUCAAUGUUGCAUCGACAGUUCCUGGCAUGUAUGCAAUUGAUAAAUGGGGACGCCGACCCAUGUUGUUAUGGGGCGCCAUCGGCAUGUCUAUCUCUCAACUCAUUGUUGCUGUCUGCGGCACUCUGUCGACCGGUCAGCAUGACAACGGCGAGAUUUUUAUCAAGAAUCUCGGCGGGCAACGAGCAGCUGUGGCCUUUGUUUGCAUCUACAUCUCCAUCUUUGCAGCGACUUGGGGUCCCCUCGUUUGGGUGGUGACAGGAGAGAUCUUCCCACUCAAGACACGAGCCAAAUCCCUUAGCAUCACAACUGCUACAAAUUGGCUACUUAACUGGGCUCUAGCUUAUUCCACGCCGUAUAUGGUUAAUUAUGGCGUUGGAAACGCAAACUUGCAGUCUAAGAUCUUUUUUGUCUGGUUCGGUUGCUGCUUCCUGGGCAUUGCAUUUGUUUGGUUCUUUGUCUACGAGACAAAGGGGCUCACUUUGGAGCAGGUUGAUCAGCUUUACGAAGAAGUUAGCGUCGCUCGCAAGUCGGUUCACUGGGUCCCGUCCUCAUCUUGGGAAAGUCGACAGGGCCACGGUGUGAAGAAGGAGGAUGAUGCAGAGGUAGAGGAAGUCGGCAAUUGA